AUGGCGGACAGCGAAACUUCUGCGGCGGUUCCAGAGUGUGCAGCGAUUGAGCGGUGGUUACGAACGUCGUGCUUGGGCGAGAGCGAUGCGUACGCGCAACUCGCGACGCUCAUCGAGACCUUUCAAGAGGACGGGACGGUACUGGACGCCGUUCUUGAGCGCCUUGUAACGACACUCGCUGGAGUGCUCAGAAGCGCGCUUGAGAAGCCUAUAACAUGCGACAACAUCGGUUACCUCGCCUGCGACGCGUUUUACCGGCUAUGCAAGGUCCGAGGUCUAGCCUCUGUCUGCCAACUGCUUCCAGUCGAGCGCCCGACAGUACUUUGGCUUUUCCAACUGAUGCUGAAGGAACAUCCCAUUCAAACACCGGUUACGACACCUUGGCAAGUCGCCUACGUGUUGUUCGGUUGGGCGGAGUUGGCGGCGCAAGCUCCGUUCGCACUUGACGAACAGCUGACGAGUGGCCUCCUGGGUGUUGCACGGAGCUGGCUGAUCGCCGCCAGCGCUGCUGCAGUACCUGCAUCCCGUUUCAUGAGUCGACUGGUGACGCGUGACAUGCGACCUUCCACCUCGAGGCUAUUCGACGAGCACCUGCGCUGGCUGGCCAGCGAAAUCAACAGGCAGUUGGCACAUGACGCAGCCCAUGCUCUCCAGAAUCUCUGCUAUCAUCUCGCGUUGCUCCUGAAACAUGCCCGAAAUGAACAGGAUCUGCAGUCCAUGAUGCCGAUCAUCCAAGUGUUUCUCGGUGCAGGGUACCGGAUCCUCACAGGGCAUGCCCGUGUCAAGCUUCUGAAACAGUUUGGUCGAUGUCUGUUGACGCUUCAGAGGGGAAGCGAUGUGCUCGCACAAGUCCUCGAGGUACUUGAGAACCUGGUAAAAAUAUGGUUAUCUGCGGACACCCGUUCGCGCUGGGCUGCCGCUGCUGCUGUCGCCGGUCUGGUCAGGCUGAUGCCGGCGGAAGCACACAGCGACCUCGUUGUGCAGUUGCUGGACAUGAUUAGAAACACCAGCACAAGCGAUGUCAUUGCCUGCCAAAGUGCGUGUGUGCUUCUCGCGGAACUGGCGCGUGCACAACUCGUUCCUCUGGGUGAUCUCCGCGGCCUGAUAGACUGGACGUCCAGCGCGCUCACAGCUGGACUAGAACGCCCCGAUCAUCUGCGGCGUGAAGACCAGGCCCUUCGCGAUGCGGCCUGCUACGUCUUCUGGUCCUUCGCGCGGUAUUUGCCAUCAACAGCAUGUAGCGAGAUGAGCCGCGACAUCGCCUCCCUUCUGCUAUGUACCGCACUCUAUGAUCGUGAAGUGCAAUGCAGACGAGCGGCAGCAGCAGCGCUCCAGGAAUGCGCUGGUCGCUGGGGUGAUUCUGUACCAUGCGCACUAUUCCUUGCAGAUCGCGUCAACUUCUACAGUGUUGCCGACUGUGACGCUACGUUUGGUUUACUCACCAACGCCUUGUGCGCCACUGCCGGGCAGCAAUAUGCCGGCGAGAUUCAGUGCUACUUGCUCCGGUACAAGUUAUUCGUUUCACCAGACCCGUUGAUCCGAUUCCGAGCAGCCAGAGCCCUGGUUGAUGUCUUCACGGGCGCAUCUGCUGCGGCACCGCCCGAACGAUCGGUAUCGACCGCAGGGACGUCUGUUGCUGCGAUAUCGGCGGCAGAUGGCACAGAGCGCGGGUUUGCGAGAGACGUAUCAACGGCGCUGCCUGCGGUGUUGGAGCUGUGUUGGAUGUACGCAACAGGAAAGGCUACGGAGAACACGGCGGCUGCGCAUCACGGAGCGCUGUGCUUUCUGGGUGCGCUUGCACGACGAACGCCGGAGCCAAUGACGCUUCCGCUGGACAACCUACCACUCUGGAUGGAAUGCGCCGUUCAAGUUCACACCGAGUCCGAGGCAGAGCAUAUCGUACGUGCACGUUGUGAUCUGCUGCUUGCCCUGCUUGAAGUCGGCCAUGAGUGCAUCAGCUGCAAUCCUCUCGUACCGGACUAUUUGCUGCGCUCGCUGGAGCACCAUGCUGCAGCCUUGGCCUCCGUUGCGCGCCGGGCACUUUUCCUCUACUUUGAACAUAACCGCUUGCGUUCGGAUCUUGUUUCGCACUGGCGCCAACAAUGUGUGCAUACAAUUCACCUGCCGAGAAAGCGUCGUCUUCUCGUCAAUAAGUUGCAGCGAUCGCGCUCGUCUGUUCCGGACCCGUGCAGGUACGCAGCCUGUGUCCUGCUUGGUGUCCUCGUUGCCGUAAGCGGGCACUCGACCGAUAUAGCGUUACUGAAGGACACGCUCCAGCGUUGUGCAGAUGCCCAGGACCAUGCGAGUGCGCGCGCUAUCGUCGAGUCGUUGCCGCUGCUGGUAGAGACACAAGUAUGCAGCGACACGGACGCUACGAGGCGCACAGAGGCCUGGUACGCACUUCUAGAGACUUGGACGGCGUCCUUGUGCUUCCACAUCACCUCGGCUAGAGGUGACAGUGGCUGCUGGGUACGCGAAGCCGCACUCGAGGUGCUGCCGUUUCUAUGGCAGACCGCGUUAACGGGACCGCAACGGGAAGCUCUUUCUUCCGCGCUCGUACCGUCGCUCUUGUUUCUCUGUUUCGAUCGAGUUGACAGUGUCCGGGCACUGGCAAGGGAGCGUUUAGCGCAGUUGUUCGCGCUAGCAGACGGGACAGUGCCUCUCUCGCGUGAUUUUCGCAAGCCACUGACGGACGCAGAAGAGCACAUUUUCAGCGUCUUUGAAGCAGCGCUCGCUGCUGAUGAAACUCCAGCACAUUGCGUUUUGGCGAUUCUGGACGGGAUGCUGUGGGCCUCUGCCAGCCCUGGCGGUCACGAACGUGCGAAGCUAGCACUGAAGUCUUUCGUGCAAUCGCUGGCGCUUGCAAGUCCUGAACGUUUAUUGGUGAUCGCUGCGCAUCUCAACAAGUUUUGGGACUGCCCUGCGGAAGCCUCAGCACAGCUCAAGCGUUUACAGUGGCCGGCAUUGAGAGCGUACUCGCUUCUGCCCCGUACUUGGCGUUGUGUCGAGUUCCUGGAUACUCACUGUGGUGCAAAAGCGCUGGCUUUGGCCUCAGUAUACGCUCAGCGUUCGCAGGACCCCAAAAGAUUACGCGGGGCAGCCACUGCAGCCAUCCAGUUACGCUGGUACCCAGCACACCGGAACAUUGCGUCAUCCGUCGUCGAGGCACUGUUGCAGCGCCGCUUUUCCUGGCUCGAUGAAGAGAUUCUCGGUCAACUCUAUAGCUGCGCUUUAGCUGUCAUUCCGAGAGCUGAUAACAUGUUCCACGAAUGCUGCCGGACCCACGAAACCAUCCACGCAAGAUGCAGGGCACUGAUUCACCAGCUCGACGCACUGGAUGAGGAGCCAAACGCCUAG